AUGCUCAUUGGCUUCGAGGAGGGCCAGACUCCCGUGGGCCCGCCCCCUGCCAGGCCCGCACUCCCUUCUCCUGCUAUUUGGGCACCUCCGUUAGCUGGGGCCAAGCUGCCCGCUCCUUUCACCCCUUCAGGGUGCUUGCCCCGCCCCGGCCUGGCCCGUGUGUUAAGGCUCCGGCUUCUCGGGCACCUCCACCCUAGAGCCUCCGACCGGCCGCCGAAGCAGCCCCGACGAGUCUCCUCCCCUCAGCCGUCAGACUCCCCUCCUCAGUCUUUAGUCCCCUCAUAUUCCAUCCUUUCACCCCGCUUGGAAAGGGCCCGGAGAGAAUUUGCCCCCCCACUCCCCGAGAAGACCCCCUUACCAGCCUGUGUUUCGGGGCGGCGGGCGCUGCGAGGAGGCCUGGCGCCCUUUUGUGCACGUUUGGUGCCCAGCAGUAUCUCCCAGACCAGCAACCCCCGACCCUCCAGUCUCCACGUCUUAGAGAAGCCAAAAUCGAGAGUUAUAUAA